AUGGGCACUUUUCAAACGCUUCAGCUUUCAUCCGUUCGGUUAUUAUCGUCAAAACUAAACAAGAUCAUUACAAUGGGCAUAGAAACUGCUCCGUAUACUGUUUGUAAUACUUGGCCUGAUGAAAAUGUUGAACUACGUGAAUAUGACUCUCUACCGUGGGUUUGUACCAGGAAAACUGCAACUUCAAUGGAUAAAAUAACUAAAAAGUGUUUUUUUAAAUUAUUCGCUUAUAUUGGGGGACAUAAUCAGCGAAAGGUUAAAAUAGAAAUGACCGCUCCAGUUACUGUUGAAAGUAAGCCAGAUGCUGAGUCUAUUAUGCAAAGAUGUUUUACAAUGGGUUUUUACGUUCCUGCACAGCAUCACUCAGAUCCACCUCCUCCAACUGAUGAUGAUAUAUUUAUAGAAACCAGACCAGCAAUGAAAGUCUACUGUCGUAACUAUUCAGGUUUUUCAAAUGAUUACAAAGUAAUGAAAAAUGCACGUGAACUUGGUGAAAGUCUUGAUCGUCUUGGUUUAAAAUAUACACCAGAUCCAUUUUAUUUCGCUGGAUAUGAUUCUAUAUUCAAGUUAACUAAUCGUCGAAAUGAAAUAUGGUUUAAAGCUCAAUGAAAUAAUAAUAUCUCUGUGUGUGUGUGUGUGUAUGUGUUUUUGCUACAUGUG